GCCUACACACAAACAGAAAGUACAACGCCUGCGAUUAAAAGACACAAAUACAUUUGAUACUUUGAAGAAACAUUGCAAAACUGUUCAAUAGGCCAUAUGUUGUGUUUUAGAGUGACUGGAUUGACUUGGACGGUGAGAAACUAGCAGUUUGUCUACUGAACUCAUUCAGCACUGAUGCUGUGGCUUCAGAUCACAUGUUUAUGGGCUGAUGUUCCUGUCAGCCAUUAAUGUACAGGAGACACAUGACCAUCAUUUCACAAGCAUGUCCUGCCUGAUUGGAAGAUGCCCUGGGGAUCCUGUGAGCAACGCCACCAGAUCUGGCAUCCAUGACUAGUGGGACCAGUCGGAGGCUAUAAAAAAAAUCUUGGCUGACAAAUCUUGUAUCUUGGUGAGCACCACUGGCAGAAGAGGAAAAGGUGGAAAGGAUACAGAAGGCCCUGUGGCCACUCAUGCACUAGAGCAUCUACCCCCAGUGUCCCUUUGGGGCCCAUCAUUGAGUACCAGAGGGGGCAAUGAGUGGUCCCCUGAGAGGCAAAUAGGUCCACCUGAGCCCUCCCAAAGUUGGCCCAAAUGGCCUGCAUGAUUUCUGUGUGCAGUCGCCACUUCAUUGGCCUUGAUCCUCCUAUUGACAGAAGUUUGGCUGCCACACUGUCCACCCCUGGAAGAUGUAAGGCCCUCAAUGAGAUACCUUGUGAGUGAGCUCAUAGGAGCAGCUGCCGAGCCUUGCUGUGAAGAGAUGGAGAGCUGACCAUUCUCUUGUGGACUUACUUUGUUUCUUGCAAACCACUGCUGCAACGGCUGCAUUUGGAGCAAACCCAGCAGCACUACCUGAGAGGCCACUGCCAUCAGGCUGAAAAGCCUCUGGCCACACUUCACUGUUGUUUGAGAUUUUCCCAUGAGUUGGGACAAUUGCUCUCUCAACACCAGAUGCCUCUGAGGUGUAAGACAGGCACUCAUGGUGGUUAAGUCCAGCACUAAGCCAAGAUACAUUACGUCAUGCAUGGGUUAAGACAACUUUACUCCUUGUUCAAAGCCAGGCCCAGCCAUAGGAGGUUUAACACUACCUCUGUAUAGCUCCUUGCCUGCUGCUUGAUUGGGACACAUAUCAGCCAGUCGUCCAAGUAGUUGAAGACACAAAUUCCCUGGCGAAUGAGUAGAAUGAGUGCCGCGUCCAUGCACUUGGUAAAAGUAUGAGGAGCUAGGGACAGACCAAAAGGGAGAACCUUGUACUCAUACGCGUCAUCCUGAAAGAAAAAAUUUAGGUACUUCCUGUGACUUCUGUGAAUAGGGAUAUGAAAAUAGACAUCGUGUAGGUCCAGUGUGGUGAAUCAAUUCCCCUGCCUUAUGCCCUUGAAGAGGGUUGACAGGCACAGCAUUCUGAAAGGUAAAUGCUUGAGAUAAACUUUGAACCUCUUCAGAUUUACGAUGGGACAUAAGCCCCCAUCCUUUUUUGGAAUGAAAAAGUAGGAGUGUUACUGCUCCUUUUCUCAAAAGAACUGAGACCUCCUCUGAAAGGGACACACUCUCUGCAUUGCCCUUUAGGACUGUAGGGGAAAUACCCCGGUAACGUAGGGGCUUGGCCAUGAACUGGAGCCUGCAUUCUGACUCCAGGGUGCUGAGCACUGGGCACUGGGUACACUGGUGUCAGUAAGCCAGGUGUCGAGGUGUGAAGUGUGAAACUGGAGGCUGACAACUAUCAGCGCCGGGACCGGUGCCCAGGUUGUUGCAUGUAUGCUGGCUUAGUAGGACGCUGCUGGUGAAAGGAGCGGUGGGCUUCCUGGUGUGAACCUGCUGAAGAACUCUGCAUUGAAGCCUGCUGUGAACCUGCCCACACCUGGACAGACGGAGCUGAAUGGCCCCAUGCACCUGAAGGCCGCUUUGUUCGCACAAUCUGCCACACCCAGUGUGUCAGCUCUCUCGUCCUGCGUGACUACUCUAGGGCUGCUUCUGAUGGUGGGCCAAAUACUUCUCCUGGCACAACUGGGGCAGCCAAUAUAGCCCCACAGUCCUGGUCUGACAAAUUUGACUGUGCCAGCCAAACUUGAUGGCGUGCUUGGACCACAGAAGCCAUGGACUGGCCUAGAGCCUGGACAUGAGCACUGGUCCCCCAGAUCAGCAUAUCCACAACUCGCAGCAUCUCUGGCACUUUGUUGCUGGGAGCAAUGGAGAACAAAUCCUGCAACAAUCCUUGCAAAUAAACUAGCAAGAGGAAAUUUGUGCAGGAAAGCCUUGCAGCCAAAGCAGAUGCCUGGUAAGCUUUACGCAGCUGAACAUCCACAGCACUGCAGCACUUGUUUGGAUGGGUCACAUCUCUGCCUGCCCUUGCUGUUGCACCAGCCAACAGAGCGAACAUUGGCCCCACCAAGGGAGCUGUAGAAAGGCUGCAGCCUUCUGCCCAAUCCAAGUUGGCCAGCUGUGUCCUGGGUAAUGCACUAGUGCUAGGUGCCUUCCAGGAUGACUGCAUCUCAGCCACAAAAUCAGGAAGGAUUGGUAACCCUUCUGAUUUUCAGCACUGAGGGCCUCUAUUAAUCACUGAUGAAGUAACAGAGGCUAAUAAUGGCAACUGAGCACACUCUGCUGCUCUAGAAAUUAUGGCCUUGCCUUAUGGGUCUAGUGGAGCUGGAUCUGAGGCCCAGGAGGUGUCUUCAUCCAGCUCAGAAUCUAAGGGGUCCUCUGGGUCCAACCUCAGAAAGCCAUCCCCAACAUCAAACACACCUGAAGCCGUUAAGGACAGAUAAUCUGGAUGGAGACAAGGGCGUCUAGUUCACUGGUUCAGCCGAAUUCAAGGCAUUGGUUGGCAGAUGUUGUGCCUGCACAUACUAUCAUCCUUCUUUCCCACCACACACUCCGGCUGACGCAUUGCUUGGCUGGGGGGGGGGCUGCCUGAAGUAGGGCUUCGGUCAUCCUCUUCCUGCAUCAUCAUUCCCUCCACUGGGUAGUGUGCCAGGAAAAAUCUUGAGUAGCUUUCGACCUCAUGGACGAAGGGGCUUUAAAACACAACAAAAUUAGCACUGUUAACAAACAGUCAAUACACCCUAAGCCAAUUAGUAAAACUCCUGCUUCCGCAUUGUACUUACUACACUGGCUUGGUUCAGAACAAAAAACUCUGAUGCUGAAACUGUAACUUUCUCCUUCGCGAGAGAAGAGGUUCCACCAGCUCUCAACAAUCACUUAAAUUCUUUGAGAAACGCAAGUCUCGUUGCAGCUACCAUCUUUCACGAGGCAAAAAAAAAAAAAAAAAUGCGCCGUAGGGAUCACACUGGUAUUUCUAUAGGUUGACUGCAUGCAGUGGGGGGUGUGAUUAAUUUCAUAUACUGUCUCCUGACAGCUGAUCCUCUUGCCGAGGCUGACCCAUAUGGUGGCGUGUUGACCGAGAUUAAAUAGAAUUGAGUAUACUUGAUGUAACAUGAGUUGCGAUAGACAGUGUGUUUGGAGCAAUAGAGACAAUUUGAAUGAUUAUGCGCACUCUCGGUUUCACUCCAUUCAACACGAGCACUCUUGGUGUCAAUCAAACAUGCAUGCUCUCAAUCUCUCAUCAGUCACUUAUCCUAGCGCUAUUUUGUGAGAACCCGAUUUUAAUCAGAGACAUAUGUUUGUCACAAUCCCCCUAUAACUGCAAUAACAGUUUAACCUUCAAUAACAUUACCGCAUCUUCACAAAGUUCCUUAAUAAUUAGCGAUUUGCAUUACAACAAAAUGCCAAAGGUGGUAAACAAAUCAUAGAUACUAAUGAUUUCUUAUUAAAGUUUUUUGGGAGCUUGAAAUAGAUAUAUAUCUCUUAUUUUUGAAUGAAUCUCUUUGGUGUAUACGGGUUGUCAUAUCAAUUAAAUUUAAUAGUGACAACAGAACUAUACCUAACUAAUCAUAAAUGUUUUCAAUUCAAAGUGUGAUGAGACUAAUUCAGCUGCUAAAUCUGGCAGAAUAUAGAAAGAUAUUACAAAGUAUUCACACUUGAUUUUUGUUCAGCAUGUUGUGUUUUUAGUAAAGAUUGUGGACUGACUGAAAAAUGUGUUAGGUAAACUAGUGCAACAAUAUGGUGCCCACAUCUAUGAAUAUCAAAUCAAUCAAUAAAAGUUUAUUUUUAUAGCACACUUAAAAACAACAAAUGUUGACCAAAGUGCUGUACAAAACUGACCAACAUGUAAUAAAUAGUAAAAUAAAAUAAGAAUAAAAUAAAAUAACACCAUAAAAUGAUACUGCACAAUAUGUUACAAUGACUCAUAAGCAAGGGAGAAUAUAUAUGUAAAGUCUCAUUUUGAUAUAAAUGACAUGGUUUCACGUUGAACCACGCCAACCAAAAACUGAAACACAGUAUGAAGAAAACAUGGCACAAAAUUGUGUCUCAUAUUAAUGAAACUUAAAUGUGAAACUAAAUAUUAAUGCAGCUAUGUAUAAACAUCAAAUACUGUAUCAAUUAGCUGGAAUUUUAAGAGAAAUAAUAAAAGAUACGAAGAUGAAUAAAAUAAUGUGAAAAGUAAAUGAAUCUGUGAAUCUCAGACAAACAUGCCAAGGUCACGACAUUUCACACACACACACACACACACACACACACACACACACACACACACACACACACACACACAUAUAUUGAAGAAACAAAACAAAGAAGCUGAUUUGCCUUUAAAAUUCUCAUUAUUCUAUGGAGCCCAGAAAUGUUUCCUUUUUUUCUUUUUAUAAUUCUCUGUAAUUCAUUAAGUUUCAUUAAAGGGUUAGUGUCAGGACUCUGGGCUGAUCGACUGUGCUCUGUGUGUUUGUAUUCUUGUUUUUGUUUUGUGUUUGGGCACAGGUCUCUAUUUAUUAUUAUUACUAGCCAUGUGCUCUCUCUACUCCUCCCUCUCGUUUGUACUUACCACACCCCCCUCAUCACCGCUGAGUUAGAGUGUUUAUGCUCACCUGCUGAUGAUUUUCCCUAUGGCUAUUUAUACCCUCUGUUUGCUCUGUUUGUUGCCAGAUUUUCUCUUGAAAACUAUGGUUGCAGCUUAGGCUAAGUCUUUGUACAGUUUGCUGUUGCAAAACAUUUUUUUCUUUUCCUUCUUACUGAGUUUGCAGAUCUCGGUUUUUACAGUAUUGGUACGUGUAUUGCCCUGGCUCUUGGAUCCAUCCAGUUCUAACUGUUUUCUCUCCGUGUGUUGCCAGCCCAGUUUUGUACCUGCUCUGUAUUCCCUCAGACCCCGUGGAUCGGUCUGCGGGCUCUUUCUCCUCCCAGCACCUCUUCUCUCACAAGUUGGAUUGUUAAUGUCUCUGCACUCUCCUCCCUGGAUGGUACCUCUCUUUGGCUAGUCCUCCAGUGGUUUCAACCCCACUACCAGUGUGUUUGUGUGCCUCACAUAUCCCUUCAAAAUACAGGGUUGGCUGGAAAGGAAGAGAAGAUCGGUCUUUGCUUGGUUGAGUGAAGGUGGUGUUCCUUCAUCCAGGCCGAGAUGUCUGCCAGACAGGCCGAGGUCCGAGUAGUCAGACUGGAAAGACAAGUAGAGCUGUGUGUCAUCGCUGUAGCAGUGAGCUGGACACACUGAAACUCCAACCCUCAUGCUGAAAAACAACAUAUACAUAUGUUCAUCGAUGUAACCAUGUCAGAAGGCAAAUUGUUGGAUUUUGUCAAGGAUAUUCUAAACAACCUAGUUUUAAUUGACCAUCACUGUGGAUCAUUAAUGUUUCGGAUUUUUGGACUCUGAGAACUUGAGAAAAUGUGCCAUCUCGGAUCUACAGCACACAGCCAGAUGAACUCAACAAACAAGAUGAAUUAUACAGGCUAUUUGUAGAGUUUUAGGACUCUCAAAUUCCAGUCAAAUGAUAUGAAAAUGAGUGCCAACGACAUCUCUUGCAACAUCAAUACAACAUCAAUACAAGAAUAUCAGCAUAAAAUCUAUGCAAUCUUCUACACAGUCAUUCUCGUUCCUGGGUUGAUCUGCAACGUUCUUGCACUCUGGGUUUUCUACGCCUACGUGAAGGAGACAAAAAAAGCCGUAAUAUUCAUGAUCAAUCUGGCCAUAGCUGACCUGCUGCAGGUGUUGUCGUUACCUCUGCGCAUUUACUACUAUCUCAACGAGUCAUGGCCUUUCGGUCAGGUCGCUUGCAUGGUCUGUUUCUAUUUGAAGUAUGUCAAUAUGUACGCCAGCAUCUUCUUCCUGGCGUGCAUCAGUGUGAGACGCUGUCGACUCAUUAUCCACCCAUUGCGCUGCGGUGCAACAAAAAGACGGCAGGAUCGUAGCUGGUGCGUCGCUGGGUGGUUCGUCGUGUGUUUAGGAUGCCUACCAUUCCCGCUUCUAAGAAAAAACCCAUCCACUCCUCUACAUUGCUUCUCUGAACUACCAAUGAUGCAACUGAAGAUGGUGUUAGGAGUGUCCCUAAUGACGGUUGCAGAAAUCAUGGGUUUUCUUCUUCCAUUGGCUGUGGUGAUCAUUUGCACGUGGUUGACCGCAGCAAGUCUACGUGAGAAAACCUGCAUUCUACAAGACUCUGGGGAAAAACACAAGGCUCUCAAGAUGGUAUUGAGCUGUGCUGCUGUGUUCCUGGUCUGUUUUGUUCCCUAUCACAUCACUUUCCCUUUAGACUUUCUGGCCAAAUCCAAUUUUACUGUUAGUUGUGCUUUUAAGAGUGCUGUGCUUCAUACGCAUCCCAUCACACUGUGUCUGGCAAGCUUGAACUGCUGUCUGGAUCCAGUCAUGUACUACUUCACCACUGAUGAGUUCAAGCGCCGUCUGUCCAGGCCAGAGUUGCAGGAAAGUUUGCAGUUUCACCACAGGAUAUCUUGCUCCACACAUGAGGCUGUGAGAUCUGAGCCCGAAGAGUGAAGAACAGACCGAGCACACUGAAACACUGGGACAACAACUUCCUUAUGUACAUUGGGAAUUAGAGGAACCUCUUUUCCUGAGAAAUGUGAAUGUUCAAGCUGCAGAAUAUUUAGGAAAUUGAAUUAACCUUGACAAUGCACAAAAACUUUUACAGGUGUGUGAAUACAAAGAGUGAAUAUGACAAGUAAAUUUCUCUGCUCUGGAAGAUCAUGAAAAUGGACAAAAUAUUUUCAAUUACAAAAUAGCAGUAAAACUAUUGUCAGCGGUAUAUUUAAGGAAAAGGUGUAGUGAACACAAAAAUAUUCUACUGUAAGAAAAAAUGUAGAUAUUAACUUUGCUUCAUAAAGCCUUCAUUUUCUAUGACACACAAGUAUUUGAAUGAAAAGUGGGUCAUUCCGAGUAAUUUCACAAUACAAUAGCUGCGCGGGUCAAUUUGUGCAUCUCAGAAAAAAAAAACAAAAAAACAUUAAAAAUGUAUAUAAAUAAACAAGUUGCUUCUGCCUGAAUUCCGAGGACUGGACAUUUUUUUUUUUUUUUUAAAUACAAACUGUAAACAUACAAACAGGAAAUUUCAUGAGAACACAUCAGUAUUUAAAGAAGAUGACAUCUGGUGGUGAGAUGGUGGUAUGACAGGCUCGGAAUACACAUACACUUGCUAAUUAUGACAUUAAAUACACUAAUCAUGCUGUUGCCCAGUGCCUCCUGUCCCACCCUAGGUGAUCCCCCCAGCACCAGUGGUUACCAACUACCAACCUACCUACUAGUAUCCCUAACAAACUGUGUGCUUACAGAGGUGAAGUAAACUGAAAAGAGUAAAAGAGAGAAAAGCAAUAAGCUGGCAAGGGUAGUGGUACCUGACAGCGGAUGGCACCGUCACCUUGAAACACAGGAAGCCCAAACCGUAUUCCUUCUUGCGUCUUUCUUUGUUGGAAUUAAUUUAUAAAAAAAAAAAAAUAAUAAUAAUAAAUUAAAAAAAAAAAGUUAAUCCACGGGGAAAAAAAUGAAGGGUCUUUCAAAAGUGAAAGCUCUCACCACACAGGUGUGUGGCAUAACUUCCUAGACAGUCCCACCUUCAUACUAGCCAAGAAGGAAGCUGAUAGGAGACACUAUGGGCCUGUCAUCUAACAUACCAACACUAUUGUGCAGAAUUAAAGGUGCACUCAGUAAUUUUUUUUUUUCUUUAAAAAAAAUUAAAUAAAAAAUUUUACUCCUAGAGAAAUGAAUUGUUAUUUUGAAAUAUAUGUAUAACAUCAUGACAUGAACAUUCAUAAUAAGCUGAAGACUCCAGUAAUAUCAGUGACCUUAUAAAAGCUGUUUUAUUCUUUAAGGAGACGGUUCCCUCAUGGGAGCUGCCAUGUUAGGAUCACAUGACCUGCCGAAUACUACUCACCUAAUCUCAGUAACCACUCUGUUAUUGGACACUUUCACUCAUGGAUUAAAUUAAUUAUGGCUGACUGUGAACAGUAAAUUUCUAGAAUGGCAUCAGUAACUGAAAAUAUUGCAUUUGAAUAAUGCUGCAUCCACACAAUUAGGUGUCAGUGUAAGUCCAAUAGGACAAAUUAAAACAAUUACUGAGUGCAUCUUUAAUGUAUGUAAGUGGACUGGACUAAAAACAUCCCUAGACAUUUUUACAUAAACACAAUUUUAUCAAAAUCGUAUUAAAUCAAAAUGACCUUUUACAAAAUUAACCUGCUGUUGCAGUACCAUGCUACAGUGGUGGUAACAUAUGGCAAUACCAUAGUAUGUACAUGGGAGGCUACUACAAAGUAAGAUAAUGCCAUGGUAAUUUUUUUUGUACUUUUAUGUGCUUUCAUGUUUUUUGCUACAGUUUUGGUUGGAAAAUGUCUUUACCUGCAGUUCGCAGGCUGCAUACACACAUGCACGUCUUCAUCAUUGGAAAAUGAUAUGAUGCAAUUGUAGACUUUGGUUCAAUCCAUAAAGAUGUCUUUGUUCUUCAGCCAGAUCUUACUUACUUAAUUAAUUAAUUUCAACUUUAUUUGUCCCCAGAGGGCAAUUGGUUUUGUGACAAGACAUACAUACAGAACAAUAAAAAUACCAAAAUACAAGACAAUAAAAUACAUAGGGUACUAUACACAAGGAGGGGGAUGUGGGGGACACAGCAGUGGGCCAAAGUUUAUUUAAUAUAUAUAUAAAAUAAAAAUCUUAAGAUUUUAAAAAUAAGAUCUUAAGAAGGAAUUUAUGGCCAGACCUUAAUGUUAAUUAAAUACCCCUGACUAUUUUAAUGUAAAUAAAGGCAUACUAUUUACAGUUUUGAUUUCCAUGUUUACAUGUCAGUUACAAUGAAAGUGUUAGGUAAGGUAAUAACGGAAAAAAAUUUGACUUCCAUUGAGUUUUUUUUCUAGAUAAUAAGGACCAUGCAAGAGAGUGGUUGAAGAGCCCUGCCGUACAGUAUAAAC